AUGGGGAUGAAAUUAAGACUUCCAAAUAUACGAAUGAUAGGCAAAGCAAUAGAAAAUAUUGAAGUAAAAAUAGAAAGUAGUAUAGAGAAACUUGAGAACGAAACUGCACGGAAAAUAUGCGAUCUAAAUCCUUGUUUACCGUGGACAAGCUGGAGUAAAUGCAGUUCUAACAUUCAUCUUUUUGGGUCGAAUGACAAAACACGAAAUAAGAAAGAAGCAGAAUUGCAGUGUCAAGAUGACAAUGGGCACUUAGUAAAUAUUGAUUCUGAGAUCAAAUACGAGGAUGUUAAGAACCUUAUGGAAGGGUUUAGGUCAUAUGUAUGGAUAGACGGGUAUAGGAAAGAUGUAAGUUCUCCAUGGGCGUAUACGUACGGUUCUCAGAAAGGAUUCUUCAAGUGGCAAACCAAUCAACCAUCUAAUGGAUCAUCUGAACUGUGCUUAAUUGGCUACAGAUAUAGUGGUGGUAUACAAUGGUUGGACAAUAACUGUAAUAGUGCGUAUUACAGCAUUUGUGAAGUAAUUUCUUGA